AGUUGUUCUGACGCGAGCAUCAUGAGCAUGUACCUUCCCCCUUCCCGGCAUCCCCCUGCAUCCACAGGAGUUCGAAUGCGUCACCCUCCCCACCACCAGGCCACCCGUCACGGCCACCCCACGGCCAGCAGUGCACACUAUGGCCAUCUGCCAGAGAAUGCGGCCACAGCGGCUACGCAGGGGCCCUCCCAGACGUUGCAUCAGGUGUGUGGAGAGGGCAAUGGGUCGUGGGAGGCCGCCAUGAGCGAGGACCAGCAGUGCCGCCAGCACCACUCAUGCUGUCAACACAAGACGCGCUGCCUGUGCGAAGAGGGCGAGGUCCAGAUGUCCAGGGAGGCUCUGAGGGCUUCGGGAAAGUGCGUCCACUCAUGGCAGUACCACUUUUACGUAAGUGGGUGUUGGAGAUAGAGGGAGCACAUGCCAUACACGCCAUUGGCAGUGGCGGGUGUAUCUGUUUGUUAUUGCAUGUGCUCUCCUAAUACAUAUCAGGAGUUGGAAGAUGCCACCCACUGUUUCCGCCAGGACUACUGCCUGGGCGCUGGCGUGUACGGCACGGUCUUCAAGGGCAACCUGCGAGGUCGGUGCAGCCAACACACGCACAGACAGACAGACAGACAGACAGACAGACAGAGAGACAGACAUGUCCCUCUCCCCACUCAUACAUAUAGAGUAAUGCCGUGUGUGUAUGCUCCUGUGGAAUGCAGGACACGAGUGCGCGAUCCUGCAGAUAGAGCGACCGCCGCUGGCCGUCUUUGAGAAGCACGUGUUGACGCUCUUCAACCUCAGAUAGGUAUCCAUCCAUCCAUUCAUCCAUCCAUCCACCACGAGAUGUGUGUCGCCUUGCUCGUCUGUCUGUCUGUCAGCUAUUCAUGCAGACAUCCGUGUUUGGUCGCGCCGCUGGCCUGGGCCGUCGGCGGUCGGCAUGGCUACCUCAUCUACGAUCGCGUGCCUGGCGGAGAGGCCGCCAUCACCAACAUGUACGCCGUGUCACUCGAUGCCGUCAAGGACCGCCUCGCCCCGAACCGCCCCAAGCCUGAGGCCACCAAUACGGAAGCUGGCGGUGGAACAGGGGAGGCUGAGCUGGUGGUGCUGUGGAUAAUGCUGCUAGUGCUGUUGCUCCUGUCGUGUGUGGCGGCGCUCUGCUCCGCUGUGGGCAAUCUGGUGGUGGUGUGCUGCUGUGCGGUGGCCCUGUUGGUGCCCUGGGGCAGUCCACCACCCGAGAAGACGGCCGAGAAGCACCAGUCCCGGCAGCCCCGACCCCCCAGGAGGCGUUACGUCUUGUGCCUCGGCCGCCCCCUUGUUCCUCACCCCUUCAUCAUCCAGCCACCGCCCCAGCGACAGGAGAGCCAGGCCUGGCCCAACUGCCCCUGCAAACUCGCCGACAGGGAGGCCCAGGAGGACUUCUUUGUCAAGAACAGGCUCCCCCGUGACAUCAAGAUUGCACCCCCCGUGUACGCCCCCCUCCCCACGCCCCCCCCAACACGCGCCUCACUCGGCUUGGCCGUCAAGGAGCUGGAUCCCGAGCGCAUGCGCAAGUACGAGGCCCGCAGCAGCCGGCCCUCAGGCGUGGCCGCACGGAUGGCAGCCAAGGCGCCACCGCUGCGCCAGAUCCAGCCAGAGUGGGUGGCCGAGACGCCGCAGAGGCCAAGGGGGGCCAGCGGGGGGUUCGGAUCAGCCAGGCGGGGAAGGGUGGGGGGGUUCACGCCCAGACGGGCGUGAGGGGUUCCCAACCAACACCGAUCGAUGGAUGCCUAGUGAGUGCGUGAGUGGGUGGCUGUGGUUUGGGGCGUCAUCCGCUCGUGUGCCUGCCCGCCUGGAUGUAUGAUGGGGGGAGAAUGUCUGUGUGCCCAAUGUCUUGUGUGCACGUCUGGCCGUCUGUGUGCCCAAUGUCUGGAUGGGAUUGUGCCGGCGGAUAGGAAGAGAGAGCUGGUGUCUGAUUUCGUCAGACACAUCACAGACGGAGAGACGGAUUCCGUAUUUUUCGUUUUUCCCUCUUUCCUCUCUUUUGUCUACACGCGUGGGUGUCAUUGACGUGCGUUGAUGCGUCGGUGUGGAUUCGCACGCCGCCUUGGCCACUUUUUGCUGACCAGCACCGCACGCACCACACCAUACCACACACCAGCCAAAGGGGGAGAGGGGGAUGAGAGAGAGAGAGAGAGAGGGAGCGGAAGAGACCAACGCCCAUCAGAAGGCAAAAAACAGACAAAAGAGAGAAUUAAGGCCCACAAGAAGGCCGCC